CUCCCGGCCUCUUGACGUGUGGCGCACCAAAAGCAGACUGGAUUGUACUCUUGUAGACCCUGGCCUGGUUCCUUCGAUAUUCUUUCCCUUCAUCAUCCCUCCUAUCCGCCACAUUCGACUUCAAUUCAUCCCCCCGUUUCUCUGUUUUAUAUUUGUUGUGCCGGUUUUUCGUCGUCGCUGUAAUCGAAUCUUGUGUCUUCCUCGGUCUGUAAUUCUCACAUCUGCUCGCAAUGAGCGCCUCAUCCAGCCUCGCCCGCAGGGCUGUAGUUCGCAACCCCUUGCUUGGCCCAUCAAGACAACUAUCCAGAGGCGUUUCGCCAGCUCUCAUCACCAGACAUAUUGCUCGACAGACCCAGAUUCCCGCCUUGGCCCUGCUGGUCCCAUUGCGCCAAUUGGGAACCGAGCCUCAUCGACCGGAUGCGCCGUCUGGACCGCCCCCAGGAUUCAAUGCCGAGCAGGCUAAGAAGCCGCUGCCAAAGGACCCCUCGAGUGCUGCUAAGAAAUCUGAUGCCGAUGCAAAGACAAAGGAUGGAUCAGUGACUGCUGCGCAAGCUGGCAAGACCGCCGAUGAGGCAUCAUCGACAGAGCUGGCAGCUAAGAAAGACGAGAACGCUCAGCAAAAGGAGCUCACAAAGAAAAAAGAAGAGGAAGUCAAAUUGACGACCUGGCAAAAAGUUAAGAAAGAAGCCCAGCAUUACUGGGAUGGAAGCAAGCUCCUUGCCACGGAGAUUCGUAUCAGCUGGAGGCUAGCACUCAAGAUGGCCGCCGGCUACGAGCUUACCCGCAGGGAAAAUAAGCAGCUUCAGCGCACUGUGAAAGACCUGGGCCGGCUCGUUCCCUUCUCCAUCUUCAUCAUCGUCCCCCUGGGUGAAGCUCUGCUGCCACUGGCCUUGAAGCUCUUCCCCAACAUGCUCCCCAGCACGUUUGAGGGCCAAAAAUCCAAGGAGGCAAAAGCUACCCUGUUGCGGUCUACGAGGAAGGAGGUCAGCAGCUUUAUUCGACAGACACUGAAAGAGACCGGCCUUCCCCUGAGCCAGGCGACAGCUCAGAAGGAAGAGUUUGCCAAGUUCUUCCGCAAGGUCAGAUCUACUGGAGAAGCGCCCACUGACCAGGACGUUAUCAAGGUGUGCAAGGUCUUCCGCGAUGACAUGACUCUGGAUAACCUGUCACGGCCCCAAUUGGUGUCCAUGUGCCGCUACAUGGGUCUCAACACCUUUGGCACAGACGCCAUGCUGCGAUACCAGAUCCGUCAUCGCAUGCGUCAAAUCAAGCGCGAUGAUAAGGCUAUCGCCUAUGAGGGCAUUGACAGCCUAACCGUUGCAGAGCUGCAGCUGGCAUGCGCUGCCCGCGGUAUUCGCACACACAGCGUGUCCCCUGCUAGGAUGAGGGCUGAUCUGCAGACUUGGCUGGACUUGCGUCUCAAGGAGGGCGUUCCCUCUACGCUGCUGGUCCUAAGCAAUGCUUACAUGUACGGCCAAGGAUCCGGCGAGGGCUCGAGCCAAAUUGAGGCCCUUGUUGGUGUGCUCUCCUCCAUCCCCGAGGAGCUCUUCCACGAGAUUGAGCUGGAAGUCCACAACGCUGAGGGCGCCGCUACCAACAAACAGCGUCUUGAAGUCGUCAAAGAGCAGCAGGAUCUCAUUGAAGAGGAAGAGAUGCAGAACAAGGAGAGCCAGACAACAGGCUUUGCUACUCCCCGUGAUGUCGACGACAUUGACGAGAAGGAAGAGCGACAACUGUCCGCCGCUGAGAGUGGCUUAGAGACGAAGCCAGCUGGCGAGAUGGUUGAUGCUGAGCUGGACCAGAUCAAAGUCAUUGAGUCUGAGAAGCAGAAGGCCGCUGCCAAGGAGCAAAAAUAAUGACAGAUCAUGAAACAACAAACAUGUCAAGAAAAAAAGAAUAAAAAAAAGACCAAAAAAAAAUCGUAAAGGAGACAAAUACACGGCGUACGCAAUAGCGCCGGCAGUCAAACGAAUUGUUAUUCUUAUUUCAUAUGUACACAAUGGGCUUAUUACAACAUACCCGGAUGGAUAAGGGGUCAUGUUACUAAACUAACUAACAAUAAGCUGGAUGAUGCAAACAUGGAAACUUAUUUGGGCGGCGGGCGGCAUAGACAUCUCGACACAACCAGGAAACAACAAAUAGACUACAC